GCGCUGGUCAGGAAUGGCGAACUUGGACCAGAGCGGAGGACAACGGCCAAAAGUGAGUUGACCGUCACAGUCAUACUGCUGUCAGACUGAAUGAAGACAUUCAGCAGAGAAGACAAAUGACAAAGCAAGAUGAGUCAACCAAGAGGCAUCAGAGAUUUUAAUCCAGCAAUACAUCCACAGCUGGAGAGUUUAGGACAGCAACUUCAAGAUGCAAGAAUAGCCAUGCAACAGCAGCAGAUGGCACUAGAAUCAUUCAAAAUCAGUUGGGUUGAAACUGAAAAGUCCUUCAAUCAAAAACUACAACAGACAAGAAAUGAUUUAAAAGACCAAGAGAAGAACCUGAAAUCAUCCAAUGAAAGACUGGCUGAGAUGGAAAAAUUUUACAAAGUGAGUCUUCAAAAAGAAGGUUUGACUGAUAUGGAAACAUUUUACAAAGACAAACUUCAAGAGGCAAGAUCUGCUCUAAAAGAAAAGAAAGAAGAAUUGGAAUCAUUCAAGGACAGACUGGCAGGGGAGCUUGCUCUUUCAAUAAAGACAGGGAAAUCAGAAAGCAUGAACAACCCAGUCAGUGAAACCAAACUGAAAGAGAUGUACGAAGAGCUGAAGUUUGAGAAGUGGCCUAAAAUGAAACCUUGUGUGAAAUCACAAUUUGAAGACUCAAAAGUGCCCAAAAAUUGGAUUCAGAACUGCUUUGCAGCUGCAAUGUCUCAAAUAGCGCAAAAGAUUGAACUAACAGAUAAACUGUUUGGACUGCAAAAUCAAAGAAGAGCACUACCACAGAAGGUACUGGACUGA